AUUAUGUAUGCAUGCAUUGCAAAUACUUGUGUUGCUCAUUAAUGCCACUUGAUUAAGUUCAGUCCUUUAUCAGGAUCGGUGCCUCUGCAGUUUUAAAAUUUCAUAAUUUCUUCAUACAGAUAAGUGAGUGGCUUAAAAACCAAUUAUGGAUCCAAUUUUAUACAUUUUCAGGUGACGUCAUUUGCAUAACAAUACACCAAUGGUGAAGGCAGUGUAAAGAAUAAAGAAUGUUGUGAGUGACCAUCACUAAUGAGUGUGAUGUCGUUCUUGUUAAUGAGUCAUUGACUGACUGUAAAUGUGCCCCCCUCUGUGGUGUCAGCUUUACAACCUUAUGGGGACAAUUUACAGCCCGAGGUGAUCUGAGUCUUAGCUGCAGGAUAUACAAAGUGUGACUAGAUAAUGUGACUCAGCUCUUGUAAGUAAAACGAGCUAUCGUGUCAAUUUUUAAUAGUCAGUUGUAGAGGAUGUUAAUGUGGCUCACAUGAGUAUCCCCUGAAGAACAAUGGUACAUGAACAUGGAAAAGGAUCUGAAAGAGCUUCUGUUGUGGAAAGAAGAAUUUGACAGUCACAGAGAGACAAUAAGAUUGAUAACCUCACCUGACCUAAUGGUUAUACUCAGCUUUAUUUACAUACACCUGUAAAAGUGAUUUAAGUCACUUUUACAGGUGUAUGUUAAUCAAACCAACUAGUCUGCUUUAUUUUACAUUUCAGAGUUUAUUGAAUUAAAAUGUGUAAAUCUGUAAAUACUGAGAGGCAUUUCUAUUUAUUUUCAGAACAUACACACAAAAUAUAUACAUCAUAUAUGAUCUCUAUGACAGUGCUAGGUAAAAACUGAGAACAUUUAUAUUAGAUUACAAUAAUCUGCAUUCAGUGAGUGCAUAGUUAAUAAGAAUACUGGUUAUGCAUUAUAAGGCUGAUCACGGGAAUGCCCAUAGUGUACAGAAAAUACCAAUGAUUUUAAAUAAUAAAAUAUACAUCUGGAACAUUGCACACAUGAAUGACUAUCACGCUUUUAUUUGGAAUCAGUUUCAACAGAUGGGACUAAGUAAUAUCUACACUCUAUAAGGCAGUCUCGACAACUAAUUUUUAUAACCUUUUGCUGUAAUUGAAACUCUUGGGUGCAGUGUGCAAACUGAGGACGUUUUCACAUAGGCAGAGGAAAAUGCCAGGGGUAGCUUAGAGUUCAUCUACAGCCCGUGGCCUCCUCAGGUCUGUUAAUAAGCAUAGACUUUUAAAGUUUAUGCACAACAAAUACUUUUUUUUUUUUGGCUUAUGAUUCGCCUGUUCUUGUCAGUUAAAAACAUCAUUUAGAGAAAUGAGGAGACGCAAGCUGAAGACAGCUAAGGAUGAAAUAGAUUUUAUUCUUUGUGCUGUGUUAAACAGGGAGCACACGCCAAGCAUCCACAUGGGUUAACAAAGUGGAUAGGGCAGAGUAAGCACCCCGGGCAAGAUUCAGUAAAAGAGGUGCCCUUCCAAAACAAAGGCUCUAACUGUUUGCACCACAUCCUGACAUCAAGUGAUACACCAUAAAGUAAUAAAUACAGAUUUUACAUAAAACAACACACAUUUAAAAAGGCUCAUUGUAUUUGACAGAGAUUUCCUGACAUGCAUAACUAAUGAAGUUUCUUGCCUUUUAAAAGAUGAGCUGGUGUGUCUGUCCUCCUAUUAGCAGCCUUAGUCGUCUGGUGCAACCAAGAAGGAAGCAGCUAGAGCACUCCUCAGUUUAGAGUUGUUGUUUUUUCUUUUUAAAUCGGACAUCUAAAACAGGAAAUGAUGCUUGAGAUGCUUGGAUAUCAACCUUGUGAGGUUCAGACUCACCUGGAGAACCCAACCAAGUACCACAUCCAGCGGUCUCAGCAGCAGCAGGUGAAGAGGUACCUGGGAAAGCUUGGUUCUCAGGCGUUGAGCUUGCCCUGCCCCAACCAGUCCUCUGACCACGGGGGCAUGCCGCCAGGGCCGGGCAACAGUGCCCCUAACAGCCCUAUGGCCUUAUUGACCCUCAACUCUAACUGCGAGAAAGAGAUGGACGAUGUAAUUGAUGACAUUAUUAGUCUGGAGUCCAGUUACAGCGAUGAUAUCCUCGGCCUAAUGGAUCCAGGACUUCAGAUGGCAAACACGAUCCCUGUGCCUGCUAACCUCAUGGACAUGUAUGGCAAUCAGGGUAUGCCCCAGCAAGGUCUGCCCAUCAGCAACUCCUGCCCUGCCAACCUGCCAAACAUCAAAAGGGAAUACUCUGUUUCACAAUCCCCGGCCAUCAUGCAUAUGCUGGAUAAGUCAGGAUCCUGUGGCAAAUAUGACACCUAUCAAAGGCCUGAAGGGUUCCCUGUGGAAGCAGAGGUAAGAGCCCUGGCAAAGGAGAGGCAGAAGAAGGACAACCACAAUUUGAUCGAGAGGAGGCGGCGGUUUAACAUCAAUGAUCGAAUUAAGGAGUUGGGAACUUUAAUUCCAAAAUCAAAUGACCCAGACAUGCGCUGGAACAAAGGCACUAUCCUGAAGGCAUCAGUGGACUACAUCAGGAAGCUGCAGCGGGAACAGCAGAGGGCCAAGGAGCUGGAGAAUCGUCAGAAGAAGCUUGAGCAUGCCAACCGGCAUCUGAUGUUGAGAAUACAGGAAUUAGAGAUGCAGGCGCGGGCUCACGGUCUGGCCAUUGCAUCUUCAGCGCUCUGCUCUGCUGAAAUUGGGGUACGGACCAUCAAGCAAGAGCCUGCUCUGGAGGACUGUCACCAGGACCUGUACACACUCCAUCCCCAUCACCAACACCACCCCGCCUGCACUCCGGAAACACCCAGCAACCUCGAGCUAAACGAAGGCCACUCUAACUUCUCCGAGGGCCACUACGGCGUUCACAGUAAGUCGGGCUCCAAACUCAACGACAUCCUCAUGGAAGACACCUUAUCACCGGUGAGGGGGGGCGACCCUUUGCUCUCAUCCGUCUCCCCAGACACCUCAAAGGACAGCAGUCGCAAGAGCAGUGUAAGCAUGGAUGAGAAUGAGCAGGGUUGUUAGCACCCCCUACUGGAACACUCCUCCCCUGCAUUUUCAGCCCCUCCACCUACUGCUACAAGUCAGUGGCUAACACACUUUGAGCUGCUGGAAAGGCUUUCUUCUGUUUAGUCUCCUUUCUCUGUUUGUUUUAUUCCCCCUCUCCCCCACCUGUGUUUACAUGUAUUGAAUCUUUUUCCAAAUUGUUUGUUUGUUUUCUUGUGUUAUGUCUUUUCAAGCCCUUGACCCUGAUUUCAAGGACUGAUUUUUUUAAGUGUUUGCUUUAAUCAAUACUUUGAUGACAAUGAGUUACAAAAAUAGAAGUUUUUAUAUUUAAAAAAAAUAUGCAUUUAUCUUUGGAUAGAGGCUAGAUUAUCCUUUUUUUCUAUUGAUUCCAAAGAAUCUAGGGAAAUUAUAAAUCAUGGUCAGAAAUGUAGAUAUUUUGUGGUGAGAUAAGCACUGCUUUUUAAAUCAAUAGCAAUAAUAGAAGGAAAAAGAUCUAUUUAUUACUAUAGUGCUUUACACUCUGUGUGUCUUAGAUUGAACUUGAAUGUGCCAAUGCCUUAUUAAGAUGUGUAUACAUCGUUGUCGUAUUGCUAUGCACGUGUUGGCUGUUAGAGUCUUUGUCAGUCUUCCAGUUGAAAUUUCUUGCUUGACAAAUAUUAAAUCAUCUGUAGAUUAUAUAAAUACACACACGUGUGUAAACAAGAUGUUAUGAAUACAUUCCCCUUAAAGCUAAUUUAUUACAUGGAUUUUGAAAGAGCCAAUAUUAAUAAAUUAAAGCACAUUUAAGAAAUUAAUAAAUGAAAGCUAGAAUCUCUCUUUUAAGAUAAUUACAAUGAACUCAUUACUUGAGAAUAAUUUUAGUCUUUUAUUCAGUGUUAUACAUUCACCACACACUCUUUAACUACCCAGUGCCAAUAACAGACACAGUGUGUUACCAGUACAUUCCUCAUUGCCAAAACUGCCAAAAUACCCCCAAAUUUGUCUGAAAACUAGUAGAAUAAAAAUAGGCUACAAAUGGUCUGACAAGAAGCUGAUGUCACUUGAUAGCUCUAAAUACUAUUAAUUAUAGAAAUCUUUAUUUAUUUAUUUUUUUGAUCUAAUAGACAUUAAUCAAUUAUUGUAAUGUGUAUUUUUAUCGUUAGUGAUCAGACAGACAUAACUGGUUGAACUUAGAGUAUUCCAGCACAGACUCCAUACUGUAGUACUACAGGCCUGUUAAUCUCAGAUUUUACAAAUGUCCAUUGAUUUCCUAAAUUAUUCUUGUUGUUUUUUGGGUUUUUUUGAUAUACCACGUCAGUGAUAUUUCACAUUCAGGACAUUUUUUUUCAUGAUGUGAACAUUUAUGUUGCCAAGGAGUAUAAGGAGACUGCUUUGGGAUUUUGUAUGAAACGCGUGACCUUGUCAAAACACUGGAAUGACUUCUGAUAAUUGAAACCUGGUUUGUUUGCCUGUCUCUCUUUUAAAUCCGAGCAUAAACUAACUAUUUCAAAUGCAUACAGAAUCUUGUGAAAAGCUGUGGAUUCUUGGAUGGUUGUUGUAUAUUUCCACAGUUUGUUUUGAACAGUUCUAGCAUGUUCCAUAGGUAUGCCUUUUUAAUAACCACCUGCCAUAUACUACGAGCCCUGUUACAGCACAGCCUCCAUUUUGUCAAACUAUGCAAUGGUUAAAGUUGUGCCUGUAAAGCAGCAUCAUGUCUUCAAAGGGUUUUCUCUUUAUGAAUGAGUCUGAAAUGGUGUCGAGGCAAUUAUCUUUUCAUUUAAGUGCCUUAAACUUGUUUUGUUUUUUUUACCCUGAAGAUGAAAGAGAAGGAAAAAAAAUGUUUUCUUGAUGUUUAUAUUGGUGUGUUGAGCUUCAUAGAGCGCUACGGUCUGUUAAAGAGCUACACUACAAGUCCCUCAAACAAAAGAACCACGAGUAUUGUUAUUAUGGAACGCCAAAGUGUUCAACAUUAAUUAAGGAAGUAAAUUAGGAAAUAAGUAAUUAUAAAUGCCGAGUAAAAUGUAUAAGUAAUUAAUAAUUAUAUCCUGUCAUAGUAUUUGAAUUAGUGUUCUGUAUUAUUAUCAUUAAUUACUUAGUAUGUUGACUGACUUAGAAAUCUAUUGACUUCUUCAACCAUUGAGUCCACUGAAGUCAUGGUAGCAGCAGGCUGAGCAGGGGAUACCUGAUGUCCUUUCCCCAGCAGAGCUUACCAUUUUCCGCUUGGUAACACCAAGGUGUUUCCAGGCUUAAUAAGAUAAAUAAUCCCUGGUCUGCCCAAAGGUCUUCUUUCAAAUGGGUGUACCCAGAAAACCUCCAAAGUGAAGCCCCCAGGAGGUAUCGUAAGUAGAUGUCCGAACCAACCCAACUGCGUCAUUUCAACAUCUCUGAGUUCCUUCCAGAUAUCCAUGCUCCUCAUCCUGUCUCUAAGGCUGAGCUCAGCCAACCAUACUAUACUUGCAAAUACAGAUCUACAGGUCUAAUAAAGAUCUGGUUGUUAACUACCAAAGUAACCUCUGUAAGUGCAAUUGGCGAGCCUUCCUUCACGAGUGCCACCAGGUCCUUAGGUUGCCGCCGCAACAGGCACCAAUGACCUUUUGAGCAGAGCUAAUGCCAGUCACCUUUGCAAUAGAGGCUUUGAAUAUGAACAAAAAUGAGCUGCUGAGCCACUGAUUCUUAAAGUGGGGAACCUGGAUAAUCAGGGUAAUAUAUACAGUGAAUAUAUUCACACGAUUUCUGUAAGGAAAAUAAUCAAAGAUGGCUGUCAUGCUAACCUUCUAGAGUGUUUUUUUUUUCACUACCAAAAAAACAUUGCCCAUCCCAGUCCUGCAUUUACCUGAAAGUGUCGUUGUGCAGUGCUACAGCUUCACAAAACCAGUAAUGAUGCUGUAGACUAAUAGUGUUAUUAUAAUUGACUUAUUUAUAUACCCAUGAUUAAUAUUCAAAUACCAUAUAUAUAUUUAUGUAGUACCGAACACUUUGGAACUCCAUAUUUUGUAGCUCUUCAUUUUAUUUUUUUUAAAUGAAAUUUUACACUGAAGGCAGUGUUUCUUAGGUUUCUAGGUGACAACUUUGAAUGUAGGUCUCAGUAAUAACUGCCAAAUUGUGUGCCAACAUGAAGGCAAUACAUUUCUACAAAGACACAACCUGCAAAGCAAAGCCACCUUUCUUAGUGGUGUUUAACCUCUUUUGUUAUAAGCAAUAUAUGGAUCAUGACCCAAAGGUUAUAUGUAAAAUGCAAAUAAGUACACGGUUAGAGUUCACUCUUGUAUGUGGAAAGAACAUUGUAGAGAAUAUAACUCAAGAGCUCAGCUAUCUUACAGUGUUGCUAUCCAAUGAGGACGCUAACUAUGAAAUCCAGGUUCUUCAACAAGCUGAGAAGUGAACCUUGAGUUAAUAUGUUGGUUUGUUUGGGUUUUUUGUCAUUGAUGAAGCUUCGGUGGACUGUAGAUUGUUUCUUAUGGUGACACAGGUCCAGGGACUGAUUCGAAACAGUACAACACCCGCAUACCUGUAACAUGGAUCUGUGGCUAAACGUAGAACAGAUAAAUCAAACAACCCUAAAAUGUGACUGUAAGGAAGGAUAUAAACAUUACACUAUGUGGUGGCAGUUACUUAAAGCUGUCACUUAACUCGUUUCUCAUAAUGACUCUCUGAGCUGUAAAUUGUUAUGGCAUGUUAUGGAUAAACCACUAAUGAAAAACUAUGGUAUGUUAGCUCAAUUUAGGCCUUGUCUUCUAAUUGUCAUUCCUGUGGUUCAUACAAACAAAGUUCUCUGCUGAUGUUGCUACCGUUCUUAUUGUUACAGUUUAUAAGAGAUGAAUGUAGCAGUAGUUACUGUACCCACUGGUUUCAGAUUAGUGAGCUCAAACUCGAUGGUACUCAAUGUGGAAACUAUCUUGUGAGAAAUAUUAAAAGUUUUAUUUGAA